AAAAAUCUGAUUUUCUUUCCUGGGUGAAGAGAAUCUACAAAAGUAAUGGCGUCGACAAGUGCCGUGACUGCUCAAAUAUCAAAUCUCCAUGGAGCCACUAAUUGGAAGAAGACAAUCCAUUCUCUCUCCUUUGGUAACUUUAAUUCGAAUGCAAAUCUAGAUGGGAAGCAGCUUUUAUCACCGUCAUGUCAUCGGAAAACCGGCCAUACGCAUAAGUCUCUUCGUGUGUAUGACCUGUUUGGAGGAAAAAAGGAAAACAGUGACAAGGGCGAUGAUGCACCUUCCAAGGCAGGAAUUCUUGGAAACAUGCAAAAUCUCUAUGAGACGGUGAAGAAAGCACAAAUGGUUGUCCAGGUUGAGGCUGUGCGUGUGCAAAAAGAGCUCGCUGCAGCAGAGUUUGACGGCUAUUGUGAAGCUGAGCUGAUAAAGGCAACAUUAUCUGGAAACCAGCAACCCAUACGGGUAGAGAUUACCGAGGCAGCAAUGGAACUGGGUGCAGAAAAGCUAUCGUUUUUAGUUAAUGAAGCGUACAAGGAUGCACAUCAGUAGAGUGUCCAGGCCAUGAAAGAAAGGAUGAGUGACCUUGCACAAAGCUUAGGAAUGCCAGAGGGAUUAAAGCAACAAUGAUCUCUCAACUAGCACCUGGAUGGAGGAUUGAAGCAAUGAUGAUCGAUCUUGGCCGAUCAGCAUCUGGAUGAGCUUUGAUUUUGUGUACAAAUCAAUGCAGAAAAUGCUCAUUUAUAUGCAUUUUACUAUGAAAUUGAUGUAUGGUUUUAGGAUUAUGAUGGAACUACCACUGUUUCUAAA